AUGAAACACUUUGCGGACGAACCGACCGCGGCGGUCCAAGAGUCGGGCGGCAUCAGCAAGGUCUGGUUCCCGAGGGGGCGGAUCGUCUUGGGACGAGAAGCAGGCUGGGCCCUGCGCGAGCUUUUGAGACAGCCGGUCGAGCAGCCGUACGACGUGAGGUCUGAUCCGAUACCGGCUCCAGAAGCGGCUCAGGAAGCCGCCAUCUGGGUGGGCACGGGACAGGCGGUUGUGACCGCAAGGGACUUCGAGACCGCGGUGAACACGCUUAGGACACGCCAUGAUGCUGGCACCUGGCUCACACUGCUGCACAGCAGCCUUCCGUCAGCGGACUGA